CUUUGUAUUGGUCUAUCUCUUUUAAUUUGGAAACAAAUCUUAACAAAGCAAAAUAUAUUAGAGUCUACGAAAAACUUUCAAGAGUUUUUAGAGUCGUAGGUUCCCGUUUUGAAGAGAAAUAAGGCCACCAACUCCAGUACUUCUAGCCAUCCAUUUUUCAGCUGCAAUGAAAACCCUUGUAUUUGGUAAUUUAUUCACGCUUUUAAGACUUACCAUCACAUUCGCACGGGCAGUUUGCUGUUGGGGAUAAUGAGAAGAAUAAGGCGAUUGUCAUAUUUGUCUUCAUCUUUAUUCCCAAGUGGUAAACUUCCCAUGCGAAUGUGAUGGCAAGUCUAAAAAGCUUGAAUUAUUAAAUUACCAAAUACAAGGGGCAUGAAUAUGAAAAAAAAUUAAUCAAAAAUUGUCUCACCGUUCAUUCGAUUUACUCUUAUAUGAUAUAGUGUGUUCGAAGUUUAUAACUUAAAGCAACAGCCGAUGUUCGAUAUAUUAAAAUUCUACCAUGACUCCGAGGCCUCAGAUUCAAAAUUGCCAAAUUUUUCACGACUCCAUUGUCUCGCAUUUAUCAGAAGAGACUUGAGCACAAAGAAAAUCACCCCAAAUAUAGAAAUUAUGACCAGAAAGCCUCGGAGUCAGUUAAGAGUUUUUAAUGUAUCGAACGUCGGCAAGAGUGGGCUAUUAUCUUUAGCUGUUUUCAUAUGCGUGACUUUGACGUCAUCACUAGCCCUUCCAUUGGACAAUUAUAACUCUCAAGUAGGCCUCUAAAGCUGGGUUUUCUUAACAGUAUACUGGGCGUCUUAUUAGAUCCCACCAGUUAGAAUGAUUACACUCGAUUACUUUAUCUUUUGGUGAUGUGAGAAGAUUUCUAGUUGGUAAAAACAAACAUAUAUCUGUACAUGCAAAAAGGUUGUUUUUGGAUUAAAAAAAUAAAGCUAGACAUUCUCUGAAACUUCCGUAUUAGCAUGUGCGCAAAAGCUUUGGGGUAAGACACCGAAAGAACUUUUAAAUUUAUGGGCAAUGUUUCCUGAAGGGUUUAUUUCCAAGUCUUAGGAUUUCAAGGGGCAUUUUCAUUUUCUGAAAUAUACUUAUGGAGCAGAGAACAGCUCACGUUUGCAUCCAGGCAGGAAGAUAAGUUGCAGUUGAAAAUGUUUAGAAGCCUCUUUAUAUUUCUUUUACGAAUUCUGUUACCCUACAGAAAACAGAGCCAAGCACAAGAUUCUCAGUAACAAUUGCUUGUAACACACUGUCAAUUGUUUUCGAAUUCUAUGUUAUGAACUUAAACUCUAUUUACAUUGCAUGACCGACAAAUUAAACGCGUAACGAACACCAAUUUUUUUAAUUCGUGGGAACCUACAUUAGCAUGGCCGUGACUCUAAGGAUUCUGGGAACGAGAAUUUUCUAGACCUUUCCACACCUAGCUUGAAAGAUGACGCGCGGGAGAAGGUCCGUGAGGACUGACGAUGUUUAGCCACUUGAGAAGUUAAGCUGUACUAUCUUUAGAGUGUAGCACACUUUGAAGGAUAAACACCUUGUUUAAGUUACAAUUCAAGGGUGGAAUUUGAAGAUUUUCUCAGGUGCAAUCAUAUUCCAUGAUUCGCCAAGGCAGAAGUGAUUGUCAAUCCCGGUUUGUUUAGCCUCUGGAGGCCGUUAAAAGCAAACUCGCUCUAAACUCUUUGCAUGUACCUUAUUUAGAAACUGAGGUAAUUUCGUUGUAAAAGCUUUGUAAUCACAAACUUUGAAAAAAAAAAUGUUGCUGAAAGUUUAAAUGUUUUUACAGGUUUCAUCCUAGAGUUCAGCGGAUUCAAAACCAAGGUGAAGGAGACUGAGGUAAUAUGCGAAUUAACUUUCUUCGUCCCAAUUUAAAUUAUAAGAGGGUACACUGGUGUACAAAUGUUUUCUUUCGUAACCCGUCGUAUUCGAAAUCGCAUGUACAACUUGGUUUCAAGGAGAUAUUGGCAUCGAUUGAUUCGAUUCUAUUCAGAAUCCUCUGAGAAUAAUCAAUAGGAUACGUCAUUAGCAUAUAUACUUCAAGCGACGACGGUUAAGGUGGCUCGAUACAGUUUUUCAGGGUCAAUACCUCCCAAGUUUGAGCAUAAACUACGUCGCCAAAAUCGAAGUUUUGGAAAAAUUGCCACCACAGUUGUAUUAGAUAAAGAUGCAAAUUUGUUAUGAUCAAGGUUGCAACGGCAUCGGAGUUGUCAUAGCAACGAAAUGACGCUAUUACCUAUUUUACUUGCAGCAGUAUAUCUCGGCACUGGGAACUGUUCUUCGAAAAUCAUUCACGGGAGCUUAUUCCUCCAAUAGCAGCCUCGAUGUUCGUGAAGUUUAAGCGAAAUCUGUAAGAGCGUUAUCGAGAUAUUUUGGGAUAAAGUUUUUAUUGUUAGAAACACAGUAAAAAAUGGACAAUAUUGUUGUUUGGCCGUUAUCUGUAGAAAAUGAAGCGCUUUCGACAUGAAAUUUCACCUCAUAGUAGUUUCAAUCUUUUUAAAAGCGUGUGUGAAAGAUCAUGGGAGAUAGCUCCAGCCGAUUGCUAGAAAGAAGGGUUUGAUUAGUAUGUAUCGAAGGACUCUUGUUAGCGGUUUUGUAAACAUUUUGGUCUACUUUAACAAAUUAGCGAAUAAUUUUUAAACCGCUCGAUAGAUUUUUUUAAAAAUUUAAGAUUCUUGAGAUUAACCUUCCUUUUAUAUGACCUUUUAGUUUCAAGAUUAUUGAUAUAUUGUAAGACAGUAAAAUAAGGGCUACAAUUCGUUACUUUUUUAUCGGAAGUUUCGUCAUUACAAAUGAAAGCCUCUAAUUAUUCAAGGCAUUGUCUCCAAGUUUCAUUUUCACGUGAACAGCAGUAACUAACAAUGCAUUUGAAAUAUGCUAAAAUGCUAGCUAUUGUUGUGCACGAAAAUAUGAAACUUGGACACAAUACCCUGAAUAAUGAGAGGCUCACACUUGUAAACAAAAACUUUCUGCCAAAAUAUUAGCGAACUGUAGCCCUUAUUUUACUGCCUUACAAUAUAUCAAUAAUCUUGAAACUAAAAGGUCAUAUAAAAGGAAGGUUAAUCUCAAGAAUCUUAAAUUUUUUAAAAAAUCUAUCGAGCGGUUUAAAAAUUAUUCGCUAAUUUGUUAAGGUGGCUCGACUGGAUUUUUUGGGGUUGAUACCUCCCAAGUUUGAGCAUUAACUACGUCGGCAUGAGUAAAGGUAUGGAAAAAAAGUUACCACAACUGUAUUAUAUAAAGAUGAAAAUUUCUUAUGAUCUGGGUUUUAUUGCAAUCGGAGUCGCCAUGGCAACGUAAUGACGCCAUUAUGUUUUUCAUUUAUUGUUGCGUUUCUCUGUACCAGGAGUUUUUUGAAGAAAUCGCUUAAGGGAGUAUGUACCUGCCAUAAUUGCCUCCAUUAUGACAAAGUUUGAAGAAAUUCUAUGAGAGCGUUUUCGAGAUAUUUCGAAAUGCAGUUUUAAGAAUCAUCAAGGCAGUGAAAUAGCAUGCUAGCCGCUCAAUUCGCUAAUAUUUGAAGAAAAUGAUAAGCUUUAGGAACGCGGCUUCAUCUCAUAGUGGUUUGAUUCCAUUGAAAACUGCAUACAAAAAAAGAGGGGAAUUGCUCUGGGCGAUCGCGAGUAAGAAGAAUUUUAUUAACUUGCAUUCAGCUACUUCUGAUACAGUUUUUGGAGGUAAUUUGGUCCAUGCCUAAAAAUUUCGCAUUUUUCCAAAAACCGCUCGAUAAAUUUUUUUAUAAAUUCCACAAUUCCGAGAUCAAUCGUCAAGAAAUAUUCCCUGCAAGUUUAAAGGACAUUGAAAACAGGGAAGGCUUUUAAAUAGGGACUCAAACAUAACCAAUUUUCCCCACAGAUUUUGUGUUUACAAGUGAGCGUCCUCAUUAUUCACUGGCAUUGUUUUCAAGUUUCAUAUGCACGUGCACAACUAGCAAAAGAUAUAAAUUUGCAUCAAAAAGAACUCUCGAUUACUUUCCGAAGAAAUAUCCGGUGUAUGCUAAUAAUUGGCUUGUCAUCACAGAUAGCAGUGAGAACCGAAACGGUGAACGUCACGGUUCAUCGUGUAGGAUGCAAUACUUAGUUAUCUUACUCGGGUUAUAACGUCACAGAAACUCUCACAAAGAGUUGUUCUGAUGUUAUAAUGUAUCACUAACCUCUUUACCCGGUAAUUAGCAUAUCCCGGAGAUUUAACCGAGGGUCCUUUUUGAUGCAAAUUCUAUCUUUUUGCUAAAUGUGCACGUGUAUAUGAAACUUAAAAACAAUGCCAGUGAAUAAUGAGGACGCUCACUUGUAAACACAAAAUCUGGGGGGAAAAUUGGUUAUGUUUGAGUCCCUAUUUAAAAGCCUUCCCUGUUUUCAAUGUCCUUUAAACUUGCAGGGAAUAUUUCUUGACGAUUGAUCUCGGAAUUGUGGAAUUUAUAAAAAAAAUUUAUCGAGCGGUUUUUGGAAAAAUGCGAAAUUUUUAGGCAUGGACCAAAUUACCUCCAAAAACUGUAUCAGAAGUAGCUGAAUGCAAGUUAAUAAAAUUCUUCUUACUCGCGAUCGCCCAGAGCAAUUCCCCUCUUUUUUUGUAUGCAGUUUUCAAUGGAAUCAAACCACUAUGAGAUGAAGCCGCGUUCCUAAAGCUUAUCAUUUUCUUCAAAUAUUAGCGAAUUGAGCGGCUAGCAUGCUAUUUCACUGCUUUGAUGAUUCUUAAAACUUCAUUUCAAAAUAUCUCGAAAACGCUCUCAUAGAAUUUCUUCAAACUUUGCCAUAAUGGAGGCAAUUAUGGCAGGUACAUACUCCCUUAAGCGAUUUCUUCAAAAAACUCCUGGUACAGAGAAACAUAAAGAUAAAUGAAAAACGUAAUUGCGUCAUUACGUUGCCAUGGCGACUCCGAUUGCAAUAAAACCCAGAUCAUAAGAAAUUUUCAUCUUUAUGUAAUACAGUUGUGGUAACCUUUUUUCCAUAUCUUUACUCAUGCCGACGUAGUUAAGGCUCAAACUUGGGAGGUAUCAACCCCAAAAAAUCCAGUCGAGCCACCUUAACGUGGACCAAAAUGUUUACCAAACCGCUAACAAGAGCGCCUCGAUACAUAUUAAUCAAAUCCUUCUUUCUAGCAAUCGGCUGGAGCUAUCUCCUUGAUCUUUUACACACGUUUUUAAAAAGAUUGAAACUACUAUGAGGUGAAAUUGCAAGUCAAAAGCGCUUGGUUUUCUACAGAUAACAGCCGAACACCAAGAUUGUCCAUUUUUUACCGUAUUUCUAAGCACAAAAUCUUUAUCCCAAAGUAUUUCUAUAACGCUCUUACAGAUUUCGCUUAAACUUCACGAACAUCGAGGCUGCUAUUGGAGGAAUAAGCUCCCGUGAAUGAUUUUCGAAGAACAGUUCCCAGUGCCGAGAUAUACUGCUGCAAUUAAAAUAGGUAAUAGCGUCAUUUCGUUGCUAUGGCAACUCCGAUGCCGUUGCAACCCUGAUCAUAACAAAUUUUCAUCUUCACGUAAUACAACUGUGGUGGCAAUUUUUCCAAAACAUUGUUUAUGGCGACGUAGUUUAUGCUCAAACUUGGGAGGUAUUCACCCUGAAAAACUAUAUCGAGCCACCUUAAGCUUAUAAAUCAGUGAUAUCGAUAUAAACUACUUUCAAUUAUAUUAUAUUAACCUGUUUUAACACUAAAAAGUGAUUUUCUCGCCCUGCCAAUGGCUAAAAUUGACUCUUUGCUUCUCAUUAAUACAAAGUAUCAUUUAUGUAUGUGUAAACGCUUGUUACUUGCAAAUGAGUUUUUCACAUGAGUUGCUGAUAUUUUAGCAGCCCAGCUAUGUUUAGACGCGCACGUCUUCUCUGAUGAAAGCUGGGUGUUAUUCAUAUUGCAAUCACGUCUUAAAUCACAGAGGACUCAAAAGGACAUCCCUCAUCUUUGCUGACGACAGAUAAAUGGCGUUACUCGUUAUUGAGGGUCUAUUCAUUCAUACAGAACGAAACUGAUAAAAAAUGCAAUCACAAUUAACAAUAGUUAACAUAAUCAUAUACGAGAACGUAUCAAUAUUUUCCCAUAAGAACUUAUUAGUUUAGUUUCUGGAUUGAGAAAUUCAGAUUCUAAUUUCUUAGGCUGGUACAGUAAGGCACAAUUACCCUGAACAAAGGAUUAACUAGUUGCCAAGUUUAUAGAUUACAAUUUUGCAGUGGCAUUUUUCUAGGGCGCUCAAAUAAACCUCCUUAGGCUAUGGAUCUCCUAAUACUGCUUAAUGAAGCAGGAUAGUGGACGGGAAUAAGCAUUUUUUUCAUGCCAUGUUCAGGAACAACGUUAACCCCAUUUUCCUUUUUCUUAUGUUAGUUUUAAUCACUGUUGUAGUGUAGUUUGCAGUCAACCAUACAUUCAUUAAUUUUGUCGAGGCCUAAAAAUGCUGGCAAUGAGGGCGGGUGGAUUCCUUAAGUGUUUUUAUGGCAAACAACAGAACCCCACCAAUCCAAGCAUGCGCAAGUGUAACCGAUUCAGUCAAAUCAAUCGAUGAGAGCUAGAUACGCAUCAAAUUGAAAAUUGAUUGCUAGGUUCAAAUUCAAAGCCUAUCCUCUGCGCCGAACUAGCCCCUUUUGUUCCAAUUUUCGUGGUUAACAUUAUCCAAAACUCUUAGGUUUGUGGAAAGAAUAAACAAGACUUACUGAUGUCAAUUUUUGAAGGGGAUCCAAGCAUUCAAGAAACGUUCAGUUUGCUCAUUUUUUGUUUUGCCGUGGAUGUCAGCUUUUCAGAAUUACUUAAAGCGAUACUCUAUGUUCUCACUAGAUGAGCGAUAGUCGACCCAAAAGACCCAUAACAUGCAUUUUCACUACCUCUUUGUACUCAGCUGCAAGACGUAUUUGUAUCAUUGUCAGUUUUCUUUAGAAGUUAAUUAGCUUUUACUACGCUAACUUCAAUUCUCGAUCCCGUUCCUACCCGGGGCUUCCAUUUUGAUUGACUUGGGCUUAGACUAAUAUGCUGGUAGACUUUCCACCUACCCCCCUCUCAAUUUUAAGUAACAUUGUCUUUCCUGUCACUCUAUUUCUUUAGUGUCACUUAUGAUAUUGGUGUAGAAAUGGCUACGGCUUCAUCACCAUCAGCUGCAGAUGAAGCAUUACGUACAACAGAUGAAAAAGCUAAUUUUCAGCGGUUGACACGACUUCUGAUGCGUGGAGGUCUCGCACUUUUAAGGGAGGUGUUUGACAGUAUCCAUCCCCCAUCCAACCUUCCAGCUGUGCUUGGCAACAUUCACAUAAAGUCAAAGCUGCGAACACUGAAAGGAAGAGUCCUUACACAACCCGAAUGGAACUGCCUUUACAACCCAAGUGGGCCAGGAACGUAUGGAAAGUCGACUGAUUUUGAUAUCAGCUUACUUUGUAAAUUGUUUCGAGAAACAUGCGGCCUCACUCCUCCUGCAACUGGAUGGAAAGAUUUACCUAACAUCACUGAUCACAGUCUCGGGGCCGACUUGGUUAGAAUCAGGAUUUAUCGUAACAAAAUUUAUGGUCACAACCACACUAUGGAAGUAACAGAUGCUGAUUUUGGGAAGCUUUGGAUGGAAAUCAGUGAGGCUCUACUGAGACUUGCUAGCAGCAUAAGUAGUGCAAAGAGGGAUGAGUGGAAGAAUUCCAUCGAAACGUUUUUCCACGAACCACUAACACCAGACGCAAAGAAAUGUGUUGAUGAACUUCGAUCGUGGUACUUAGUGGACAUGGAUACCAAAGAUAAGCUCGAAAAGCUAGAUAAGAAGAUGGAACAGAUGCAAGUUAAACUAGAACAAAUAAAAAAUGAACAAGAACAAAGACAAGAACAAAGACACAUGGAAAUUCUCAUUUUCCUUGAAAGUCUUAGGGCAAAUGGGUCAGCUGUUAGUUCAUCCGCACAAGUGGAAGGCGACCAAUUGGCAUUUGAACGUCUGGAUACAAGUAUAUCUCUACCCCCAGAGCAGUCAUCAGCAGAAGGUACUGCUGGCGUAUCCACACUAACGGAACUGCAAGCAAGUCAGCAAAAUAUUCCAGUAGUUCUUGAUUUCUGGAAUGUUGUUUAUUCAUUCAAGAGGCCAUUAGAGCUCUUGAUCAGAUACCUGAAAUUAAAGCUUGGAGUUGACGUUCAAAGCUACAGACUAGGAAGCUUGGUCAUAACAGUGUGCUGCAGUUCUUUAGAAGUUCUUGAGGCAUUGUGGAACGCAUAUCGGACUGGCCGUCUUAACGAAAUGGUUCAAGAUACUCUUGUAACCAGACAGGUUCUUGAAAAACUUGACCUCAGUGAGGUUAAACUGAGAACUAUUAUUUCCGAGCAAGACUACUUGUCGUACAAAGGUUUUUUGAACAACAGACAAGGUAAUAAUAAGAGGUCUUCAAAUGGCUCUGGUUAAUUUAUUGUUUUAAAAACUGUGACCUUUAAACUUGUGUGAUUGGUAAUUUUGGCUCAGUCGCUUCUUAUAUAUAUGACCAUGUUUGUGAUGAUAGCGGAGUUACGCGUGCGCAAAGCCGUGCGCCAGCAAAGCUCUCUAUAUCCUUUAGGUAGAUCAUUCCUUUUUCUCCACAUACGAACAUCGUUACAGCCAAUCAUUUCAAUGUGUCACAUUUACCAUGGUAUAGUCUUAUGUCAUUUCAUGUCAUGUAAUUUUAUUUCAUUUCAUUUCAUCCGUCUCCACCCCUUAACCGUACAUUUCAGACUACUAAAAUUUCUGUGCUCUUUCAUUCUCUUUAGGUAAAACCGAAACAAAAACUUCCCAAGAACCAGCCGUUUUCGCCUCUAAGCUUCCUGCAGGUGAGAUAGAUGUUGUGGUUCACAAAUAA